GGCGCGGCGCGGGGGCCCUGCCCGCAGCCAUGCAGAGCGCGGCCCCCGCCGCCCCGCCGGCCCUGCACCUCCUCACCUCCUACUUCAUCGACAGCAUCCUGGGCCGGGGCCCCGCCGCGGGCCGGCACGGCGCGGAACGCGCGGAGACGCCGCGGCCCGGCCGAGCGCGCAGCCCCGCGGAGGAGCCGCAGGCGGAGGAGCGCGAGGAGCGCCCGCCCGGCUCCGAGGCACCGGGCCCGGUGAAGAGGAAGCAGCGGCGGUACCGCACCACGUUCAGCACGUUCCAGCUGGAGGAGCUGGAGCGCGCCUUCUGCAAGUCCCACUACCCCGACGUGUUCACCAGAGAGGAGCUGGCCCUGCGCCUUGACCUGACGGAAGCCCGGGUGCAGGUCUGGUUCCAAAACAGAAGGGCCAAGUGGAGGAAACGUGAAAAAAAUGAAAUUCUGGGGACUGUUCCAGGAAUCUCCUUAACGCACCCACUUGGUCUGUUUUUGGAUGUUCCACUGAGCCACUCUCCCCUCCUGGAUCACACAUGGAGGUCAAUGCCUCUUUCCACAUUGGCUGUGCCAUCCAUGUCCCCAGCUUUUAGUCCUUCAACCUUGGGACCAUUUGGCCUCAGCAGUCUCACCUGGACUUCUCUCUUCAGAAAUCCUAUAUUAAAUCCACAUUUUGGAAGGUUUCUCAAUGCUUUAAAUCCUCUCGUGACAACAGCUUCAGUACUAAUGAAAGCUCCUGGACCCCCGUCAGACCCUGUUCUCACUGCCUUCACUGAUCCAGCAGCAGUUGAAAGGAAAACGUCAAGCAUUGCAGCACUAAGACUCAAAGCGAAAGAACAUUCAGCACAAAUCCCUCAAUUAAACCUCAUCUCCAGUCUUACAAACACUAACAAAGAACUUUGUUAGGAGCUCUCCCACAGACUACAGCCACGGAGGGGAAAGUGAAUGCCUUCUCCAAUAAGUAGCUCUCAUUAGAGAAACACAUUUAAAAAAAGAAAACACACACACACACAGAGCUGUAUUUCCUGCAGCUUCAGUAACAGACUGAAAGGAAAUAAACCUGCUAAAUAUUGUUUUCCUUCAUUACAACAUGAAAUCAGGCAGUAAAUUGGCUUGUAUAAUUUCUUGCACUGCAGAAACAGAAGCAGGAACUAUCUCAUCUGUGUAAAUCAGGCUAACAUGUAUCUGAAGCUUUGAAAUCACCGAACUCACUAGAAGCUACUCCAAAGGUUCAAAAUUCUUUGUAGGAAUAACCACUUUUCUAAGCAAUUCUUAACUUCUCAGGAGGAACUCUUAUAUGCAGUACUUGAGAAUCAGUACACAGUUAUUAACUUGGAGACCAUGCUUCAUGUUGAAGUGCAAAUGCCAGUGAAAUAUUGCAUUCUAGACAGACUUAGCAGGAACGAGAUGGGGACUAUUUUCAGUAUGGGUUUUUGAUUCAGAAUUAGGUUUGUGUAAAGAGUACCUUGUUUCAAAUUUUAAAAAAGUUUGCUUUAUGUUCAGGGUGUCAAUGUCUUAACUAAGAAAGUUUAACCUCUGUACAUGAACUGUAUUCUGUGAAAGUAGGUUAGCAGUGUGCAGUAAAUUGUCUGUAGGUCUCUGUGUAUGUAUAUACAUGUCAAUCAGUAGCUUAUAGCUGUAAAUAUGAGGUUGCUGAAUACUUUUAGCAAGAUUUCUGGCACACCUUACCAGACCAGUAAGUUAACAGAUUACUUGUAUAUUUUGAGACAUUUCAUGCCUUGAGUAGUUUCAGAAUGUAAAUGAGUACUCAAUGUGUUCAAUUCUUCCUUGAACCAAUGUUGAAAUGAGUGAACAGAGGCCUUACUGAGCAGGAGUCUGCAGUUCAUCAGAAUCCUGGACUCCAUGACAUUUUAAAGUCUUUGCUGAACUUCCCCAUCCAGGACAUGGGACUGAGAACAACUUUCCACAGGUCUGAUGCUUUAGUGUGAAGUGAGGAUAUGUACUAUCCUCCUGGUGCUGUAGUGAAAAGCAAGGACAGGUCAUCCUAUGCUCCUUUGGCAGCUCACUCGCCUACCUCACAGGGCUGUUGUGAGGGCUCAUUAAACAAACACACUGUGCAAAUGGCA